AUGGACAAUACGAUCAGCGACGGAUGUUUCCUAGAUCUGAUCGAUGCGUCCCUGGAGCCCGUGAGUUCGUUCACCCAGGAAAGCCUUUCACAUCACGAAUCAAAUGAAGCGGACGGAAACAGCCAACCAGACAUGAACCAGGAAGAUUUCGUGGCAGAAUUUACUAGAAAUUCGUCAGAAUUAGACACAUCGCUUUCUGGGGUCUUUGAUACCGAAAGCACUCGAUUUGAUGAGUUCAUACAAACGAAUGAAAUGGAAACAUCUGAGCGUGCUGAGGAUAGAAAUCGAAUCAAUAUAGUUGAAAUUUUGGAAGAAGAAACGCCGCAAAACGGUUGUAGAGAGGUCACCGACGUUCACAGCACCACAAGCAAAUGCAACGAUGUCGGCGCCGUAGAAACACAUGCCAAGAUCAGCCAAACCGUCGAAUCAUUGGACCAGAGGCAAAUGCAAAUUAAAUCAUCAUUCGCUCACGACGAAAGAGAAUUAGGCCAAGAAGAAAAUAACGAAACUAUCUGCUCUAUCGAACCGUUUAUUUACAACAAUACAACGUAUCGGAAUGUAAUAGAUCUUUGUGAAGUUAUAAUGCAAACUGUUCCGUCGGGGGAUGAACCGACUCACCGCUUGACCGAAGUACCGCGUGACGAACCCUGCCAAACUUUGACACAGGAAACCGCCGUUGAUGAGGACUUCUCGGGGACGAUCAGUGGAGUGUCGGAACAGCAUGUUCAGAUCCGUAACAAAAUCAGCAAUAUCUUACAGCAAAUCGAACUACACAUCAAUCACGGAACUCCGCUGGUGACGAGACGAAGGUUAAAUUGGCAAAACUGUUCAAUGGAGUCGGGAAUGUUACAAUGCACCAGUUUGUCACAAGAGCUGAAGAAAGGCAAGAGAGUUGCCAAACAUCGGCUGCUGCUGAUCGUGAGAAUGCUUGCGACCAUCUAUCAGUUGCUCACCACCGGUACCAGCUGCACAAAGCGCGAGUUUUAUUAUCUACACCUGGACCUAACACAGACCCCGGCCUGUUGUUACGCGGCCCUUACCGACGCCUGUGCGCUACUGGAUGUUGAGGCGUGGCAAGUGAAUGUGUUCAACACGGCCAAAGGACUAGUUGCUGGUCCACUGCUCCUGACACUCGAUUCUGGCCAAACGAUCGACUACUGCAAUGCGCGCUCGGGUACCUCGGUACCACUGAACGUGUCAAGCAUUACUAAAUUGCACUGCACGGCCAAGGUAGUGCUGGUGGUGGAGAAGGACACCGUCUUUAAGCGAUUGCUAGAGGAUGGGAUCGUAGAAACAUGUGCCAACACAGUCCUGUUGGUCACGGGCAAAGGAUACCCCGAUGUUUCGACACGAUUACUGCUUCGAAAGAUUGUCGAAUCGGUCGACAUUCCGGUAUGCGGGCUUAUGGACGCAGACCCGCAUGGUAUAGAAAUAUUUUGCGUGUACAAAUUUGGCUCAUUGGCGAUGGCCCAUCGUCAGCAACCAUUGGCCAUACCGACGAUGCGAUGGAUUGGACUGUUUCCUUCGGAUAUCGAGCUGUUCGGGCUGCAGAGCGUUCCUUUGCGUGACAUGGAGCUAAAGAAAAUUGACCACAUGAUCAAGCGGCCAUACGCAGAAGGUGUCCUGAAACAUGAGCUGCUGCUGCUCCGACAGCUUGCGUUUAAGUCAGAGAUUGAAAGUUUGCUGCACAUCACAUCGGAUUUUAUCACUAGGGUUUAUAUAAAGAAAAAGCUCGAAGAGUGCUAUAGCAAAGAGUUAGCAAUAGCGUGA